AUGUUUGACAAAGAUUUUAACAAGUAUGCAACGACGACAUAUGAUCCAAUAAAAAUAGGUUCAAUAGACGGUACUGACACUGCUCCUCACGACCAUGGGAUCGUAAGAGCACUCAAUUCUGAAUAUGUUCCGAAUAAAAAAGUUAAAGGUGAUCCCGAUCAUACUAUAUUCAUCGCCAGACUGAACCCGAGGACGACAGAGGAGACAAUAUAUUCAGAAUUUUCUAAAUUUGGGAAAGUGAUCAACUGUAGACUUGUGAAGGACAUAGUUACUGGAAAAUCAAAGCAGUACGCUUUUGUAGAAUAUGAGAACUUGUCUAGCCUGGAUGGAGCGUUGAAGGAAAUGAACAAUGAGUACUUAGAUAGUUUUGAGAUCAUAGUGGAGCGGGAGGCAGAGAGACGUCUGAGAGGGUGGAGGCCCAGGAGACUCGGGGGAGGGUUCGGGGGCCGGAAGGAAUCUGGCCAGCUGAGAUUUGGAUGUAGAGAGAGACCCUUCAGAAAACCAAUACUAAUCAACCCUAAAAAUGUCAAAGUAGAACCAAAAUAG